AUGGCAUCUUUGCUUCCAAUACAGAACGGCCCCUCGCCGGGGAGGGAAAUCUGGCUGGACGGCCUUCGAGGAUUUGCUGCCGCCAUCGUCGCAUGGUUCCACUUCACCAACUUCGGCCUCAAGAUGCCCUACAGGUCCUUCUGGGACGAGCCUGCCGAACAGAACCGACAUCUGAUUCAGCUCGCGCCUUUCCGCAUCAUCUUUGCCGGCCAAGCCAUGGUCGACAUCUUCUUCGUCGUCUCGGGAUACUCCGUGUCGGUCGGCCUCAUCAGGCUUCGGAAUAGGGGAUCGACUGCCGACUUCUACCGGAAACUGACGUCUGCCGUCUUUCGGCGACUAUUCCGACUCUUCUUCCCGGUCCUGAUCAUCAGCAUCAUCUCUCAUACGCUGUACUAUCUCGGCUUCUACGCCUGGCUGUUCACGGCCGAGAAUGGCUUCCCCGGGUGCGUGCCCUACUCGAACCCCUGGCCACACGUCAAAUGGCUCCUUAGGGCCAUGUUCAACAUCGUGAAUCUUCAAAGCAACCAGAACAGGACGUUGAACGACCACCUUUGGACGAUCCCGGUUGAGAUGCGCGGAUCCAUGUUCGUCUACCUGGCCAUCGUAGCCUUCGCGUCGGUCAGGGCGAAUCUACGACCGUUCCUGACGGGGUUUCUGGGGCUCCGAUUCUUGUGGACAGGCUCGCCCGAAUUUGCCGCCUUCUUCGCCGGUCUCACGUUAGCCGAACUAGACGGCACUACGGAGUCGUUGACGUUGCCACACCUGGUGACAAUGGAGAAAGCGAUGGCGCAGACGACGGCCAAGCUUCAAAGGUUCCGAAAUCCAGCCAAAUGGGCUUUGUUUGCCAUGGGCGUCUACUUCCUGUGUCUGCCUGUCCAAGAACCCUUCCCAGCGGAUUGGUUCUUCCAGACGUACAUCAACCCGCCCUUCUGGACCGAGUGGGAGACUCGCAUGCGCUCAUGGCAGACCAUCGGUGCAGUGCUCUUCAUUGGGACUGCCCGAAAGACACCUAUACUCAAGAGACCAUUCGAGACUCGUUUCGCGCAGUUCCUAGGGGAGAUCUCCUUCUCACUGUAUCUUUUGCAUCAGACGAUAUAUCGCAUAGCGCUGAACAGGAUCCUGGAUUGGGUGUCAUGGGUCUUCCUGGGACAGGGGUACUGGGCUGCUGAGAAGGAGGAGAACAAUGCUGGCCAUGUCGUCUUCUUCGCCUGGACGGUCGCUACUCUGGUCAUAGGGAGCUUUCUAGCGGUCGCUUCGAAAUACAUGGCGAAGACAGUUGACAAGAGGUCUGUGGCUCUAGCACAUCGGGUAGAGAAGCUAUGCUCUCCAUAG